AUAUUCGAUCAUACUUUUUGGUUAUCGAAAACUUCUCUCGUCCUGUUGCUUUUCAUGACAAAGUGGGGAGGAGGAAAGGGAAACCUCAGACAGGUGUCCACCAGCGCGUGCUCGCUCGCUCGUUCGCUGGUUACCACAGGUUAAAUUGAAAGCAUCAGAGCUCUCUCUCUCUCUCUCUCUCUCUCUCUCUCUCUCUCUCUCUCUCUUUCUUCCUCCCCCAGAAAUAUAUUCUUAUUUUUCUGACCUGAUCUGACCCUCUGACAUCGUAAGGGACGCCACAAAUAACGUCGAAAAUACGAUCGACCGUUGCUGCUUUGUUGUGUUUUUGAUCGAAUAUUUUAUAUAACGAUAUAUGGUCGAGACGCUAUCGAGAAAUUGUCACGCUUGCAGUUGUUGCCUUUUGUGUUUUUAUCAAUGAUUAGUUUCAAUUAUUUGGAGAAAUUUACAUACUCGUGUGAAAUUGAAUAUUUCGAACAAGUAACAGUUCUUACCUGUCUGGUUUUUUAAAAGUCUGCUGUGAGAAUUUAAGAUAAUAAAGAAUUCAUAUAUAUACAUAUAUAUGUAGAAAAUAGUUAUAGACAAAGAUUCUUCUUUGCCAUCACCCUGGUGGAGCAGCAAGCGAUUACGCUUGGACGAUGGCUGCAAUAACAAUUUAAACAGUACUGUCAACAGCGAGUCUCAAAAUAGUACCAGAUGGUCAUAUUCUGGAAAUGCCAGUCUUAUAGAACCUGAAAUCCUAGAAGAUAUGGGAGUUGGUAUGUUGGAAGAUGGUACAGUGAACUGUGAAAAAACAUCUGGAGACUGUAUAAUUUUACCGGCGAAUUUAGUUAAUAACAAAAAAUCACCGAUAGAUGAAGCUGAUGGUUAUGAAGAUCAAGAAGAAGUUUAUACAAUUUCUAGUUCAGAAACUGUUAAUGAAGAGAGGAUACAACAAGAUUCAUGCGAUUUGGAUGAGUUAGCUAUUUUUGGUGGCAUAGAAAAUGAAUCUGGCUAUUCUUCGAGAAUAGAAGCUGAUUAUUUUGUGGAUUUAAAAGCAAACUUAUCUAAAGAAAAGAUGAAUGCUUCUGCCGAUAAGAAUGAGCAAACUGGUUUAGAUAAUUUUUGUUUAUUUAAGAGAAAAAGGAAACCUUCUAUCAAAGGCGAAGACAAGUUUAACAAGUUAUCAGAUGAAAUAAUUUUAAUGAUAUUAAAAUGGUUACCUAAAAAAUGUUUGGUACGCUCUAUGUUUGUAUGCAAACGUUGGUGUCAAAUAGCUCGCGAUGAAGCAUUAUGGACUAGAUUAGAUCUAGGUAGUAAGGUUUUAAGCGAGGGCACAUUAGGUCAUAUAUUGCCUCGAGGAAUACAAAUUCUAAGAUUAGCGCAAGCGGAGAUCGCGGAUCCUAUCUUUUGCGAGGGCAGCGAAGUUCUCAACGAUUCGUACAUUAGUAAAUUACAAUAUUUGGAUUUAUCCAUGGCAGUUAUCUCGCCAACUGGUUUAGCUGCAUUAUUAUCUAAAUGUAAAUAUCUGAAAAAGUUGUCACUGGAGAAUUGUAUAGUGAACAGAGACUGUUGUAAAGCCAUAAGUCAAAACAUUGAAUUAGAAGUUUUGAAUCUUACAAUGUGCAAGAAUAUGAACAUUGAAUGCAUUAUGGAUUUAAUGAAGCUCAAAAACUUAACUGUUCUCAAUAUGGCAUGGUGUUCUUUGGAUAGUGAAUGUAUGACUUUACUUUGUAAAACAUUGCCAUCAUCCAUUUUACGCUUGAAUCUAGCAGGCUGUAGAAAAACAAUGACUGAUGAUAAUGUGAAAGACUUGUCAAGAAGAUGUCCAGAUAUUAUAGAAUUAGACUUGAGUGAUUGUGCUAUGCUUACAAUACACACAGUUCAUAAUUUAUUAAAUUUUUCAAGAUUGGAACACUUAUCAUUGAGCCGUUGUUAUAGCAUUCCGCAGUCUGCAUAUAUAAGAUUAGCUCACAUACCGUGUUUAUUAUAUUUAGACGUUUUCGGCUUGAUGUCGGACUCUGUGCUCACAUCAUUACAAGCCAGCUGCCGUGAAGUGCCGGAAAUCAAUAAGUACCUCUACAGUUCCGUCGCACGACCAACGGUCGGUAUUCGAAGAACCAGUAUUUGGGGCCUCCGAGUUAGAGAUUAAAUUUAAAUAUAAAUAAUAUUUUCAUCAAUUUAUAAUAAAUCAAGGAACAGAUUUUACCAAAGGGAAACCGAUCUAUAAUACUGUUUUUUUUUUUUUUUUUUCAAACAGACUGAAUACUGUAUUGAUAAAAUUAACUUAAUUUGGGGAAGUAAAAUAUUUUUCAUCCUUUUUUUUUAAGUAAGAUAUAUAUAUAAAUAAGCGUUUAAAGUUAAUGAUGUGUUCUUUUCUAAAAGUUAAAUAUUGAACUGUUGCUCAGGUAUCUUUAGAAGCUUUGUGUAUAUAUAUUCUUAGCAUAACAAUUGUGUGUGUACUUUUGAUAUUUAAGAUAUACAUAUAUAUAGAGAGAAUUACGGCUGUGCGAGACCGUCUUAUUUACAGAAAGCUUCUGAUCGUGAUCUAUUGAACUUUGUCAACAAUUAUUGUUUUGCUAUAUAUUGAUUUUUACAAGUAAAGAUCUCAAAAAAUUA